AUGGCUGGCGCCCGCGCAAGCGGCCGCACAUUGAAAUAUCCAUUAAUCUCGCGCGGCGGCGGCGGCGGCGGCGGCGGCGACGGCAGCGGCGGCGACGGCAGCGCGCGGGGCUCAAACCGCGUUGCCGGUGAAUGGCGCACCUUUGCCGGGCGCUGGAUGCCACAAAUGAAGCGGCGUUCAUGCGAGAUGGACUGUCGAGGGCUGUGCCCGUCGCUGACGUGGCGCGACAUCCAGCACCUGACGGUGCUCACGUCGAAGCGCAACUCGCUGUUCGACGCCAAGGGCCGCUUCCACUGGACCAUGAACGGCGUGGGGCUGGAGUUCAACCACCUGUUCGGCUUCGGCGUGCUGGACGCCGGCGCAAUGGUGGCGCUGGCCACGCAGUGGAAGACGGUGCCGGCGCGCUUCCAUUGCGAGGGCGGCUCCGUCAACGACGUGCGCUAUUUUCACACAGGCUUGUGGAGAUCAGGAUAUGCAUUGAGCAUGCUUGCAUAUGAAUGA